AUGGACGCCCCCUCGGUCGGCGUGCUCCUGUCCCUGCCCGUCCUGCUCCAGCUGGCGGCCGGGGGCGGCUCGCCGGGGCCGGGCGCGCUGCUGCGGGGCUGCCCCGCGCGCUGUCGCUGCGAGCCGGACGGCAGGAUGCUGCUCCGGGUGGACUGCGCGGACCUGGGGCUCGCCGAGCUGCCCGCCAACCUCAGCGUCUUCACCUCGUACCUAGACCUCAGUAUGAACAGCAUCAGCCAGCUGCCCCGGUCUCCCCUGCACGGUCUCCGCUUCCUAGAGGAGCUACGACUUGCUGGAAACGCUUUGACAUCCGUUCCCAAGGGAGCAUUCGCGGGACUUCACAGUCUCAAAGUUCUUAUGCUGCAGAAUAAUCACCUAAGACAGGUACCCACGGAAGCUCUGCAGAAUUUACGAAGCCUUCAAUCCCUGCGGCUGGAUGCCAACCACAUCAGCCACGUGCCCCCCAGCUGUUUCAGUGGCCUGUACUCCCUGAGGCACCUGUGGCUGGAUGACAACGCUUUGACAGAAGUCCCCAUCCAGGCUUUCAGAAGCUUGUCAGCACUGCAGGCCAUGACCUUGGCCCUGAACAAAAUACACCACAUCCCAGACCACGCCUUUGUAAACCUCUCCAGCUUGGUGGUUCUGCAUCUCCAUAACAAUAGAAUCCACUCCCUGGGAAAGAAAUGCUUUGACGGGCUCCACAGCCUGGAGACUCUAGAUUUAAAUUAUAAUAAUCUUGAUGAAUUCCCCACUGCAAUCAGGACACUCUCCAACCUUAAAGAACUAGGAUUUCAUAGCAACAAUAUCAAGCUGAUCCCUGAGAAAGCGUUUGUAGGCAACCCUUCUCUCAUUACAAUACAUUUCUAUGACAACCCCAUCCAGCUGGUUGGAAGAUCCGCUUUUCAACAUUUACCUGAACUAAGAACACUGACUUUGAAUGGUGCCUCACAGAUAACUGAGUUUCCUGAUUUGACUGGAACUGGGGGCCUGGAGAGUCUGACUUUAACUGGAGCACAGAUCUCGUCUCUUCCUCAAACCGUCUGCAACCAGUUCCCUAACCUCCAAGUGCUAGAUCUAUCUUACAACUUGCUAGAAGAUUUACCCAGUUUUUCAGUCUGCCAAAAGCUUCAGAAAAUAGACCUGCGACAUAAUGAAAUCUGUGAAAUUAAAGUCGACACUUUCCAGCAGUUGCCUGGCCUCCGAUCUCUAAAUUUAGCUUGGAAUAAAAUUGUCAUUAUUCAUCCCAACGCAUUUUCUACUUUGCCAUCUCUCAGAAAGCUGGACCUAUCGUCCAACCUCCUGUCGUCCUUUCCCGUAACAGGGUUACAUGGUUUAACUCACUUAAAAUUAACAGGAAAUCAUGCCUUACAGGGCUUGAUAUCAUCUGAAAACUUUCCAGAACUCAAGGUUAUAGAAAUGCCUUAUGCUUACCAAUGCUGCGCAUUUGGGGCCUGUGAGAACGGCUACAAAAUUUCCAGUCCGAGGAAUAAGGGUGACAACAGCAGCACAGAUGACCUUCAUAAGAAGGAUGCUGGAAUGUUUCAAGUCCAAGAUGAGCGUGAUCUUGAAGAUGUCCUGCUUGACUUGGAGGAAGACCUGAAAGCCCUUCAUCCGGUGCAGUGCUCGCCUUCCCCAGGCCCCUUCAAACUCUGCGAAUCCCUGUUGGGUAGCUGGCUGAUCAGAACUGGAGUGUGGACCAUCGCGGUUUUGGCCGUUACUUGUAAUGCCUUGGUGACUUCGACGGUGUUCAGAGCUCCUCUGUGCCUUUCCUCCAUAAAACUGCUAAUUGGGUUAAUAGCUGCCAUGAACAUGCUCAUGGGGGUCUGCAGCGCGGUGCUGGCUGGCGUGGACGCGGUCACCUUCGGCAGCUUUGCUCAGCAUGGUGCACGGUGGGAGCAGGGCGUCGGUUGCCAAGUCGUCGGUUUUUUGUCCAUUUUUGCUUCGGAAUUAUCUGUUUUCCUGCUUACUCUGGCAGCCCUGGAGCGUGGGUUCUCUGUGAAAUGCUCUGCAAACUUUGAAAGGAAAACCCCCUUUUCCAGCCUGAAAGCCAUCAUUUUGCUGUGUGCCGCCCUGGCCCUGGCCCUGGCCUCAGUUCCCCUGCUGGGUGGCCGUGAGUACAGCACAUCGCCGCUCUGCCUGCCACUGCCCUUCGGGGAGCCCGGCACCACGGGCUACAUGGUGACCCUCGUCUUGCUCAACUCCCUCUGCUUCCUCGUGAUGACCGUGGCCUACACCUGGCUCUACUGCGGCCUGGACAAGGGCGACCUGGGGAGCGUCUGGGACUGCCCCAUGGUGAAGCACGUGGCUCUCGUGCUCUUCACCAACUGUGUCCUCUACUGCCCCGUGGCUUUCUUGUCCUUCUCCUCUUUGCUAAACCUCACCUUUGUCAGUCCUGACGUCGUUAAGUUUCUCCUUCUGGUGAUUGUCCCACUUCCUGCCUGCCUGAGCCCCCUUCUGUACAUCCUCUUCAAUCCCCAUUUUAAGGAGGAUCUGGGGAGCCUGGGAAAGCACACCUACUUCUGGACAAGAUCACAACACCCAAGCCUGAUGUCUGUUAACUCGGAGGAUGUCGAGAAACGGUCCUGCGACUCCACCCAAGCCCUGGUGACCUUCCCCAGAGCCCGCGCGGCCUGCGACCUGCCCCAGCCCCCGGCUCCACCAGCGCAUCCAGUGACUGAAAGCUGUCGUCAUUCGUCUGUGGCAUUCGUCCCAUCGCACAGCGGCCAGCGGGGACGGCUGAGCCCCGGGCCUGCCUCCGGUCCUCGGUCUCUGGCUACCUGGGAGGGUGCUCAGUGUGGCUCAGCCUCAGCCUUCUCCUCGGUACAACGGGAAUCACAUCGCCAGCCUCCAGGACUGUCACCGAGCCUCAAGGGGCCGCGGACCCGCACUGGGUCCUUCGCCGGAGCCGCUCGUGCCCAGAGAACGAGCGGGCACCAGCAGAGCAGAAGCUUCAUUCCGGAUCAAGGAAUGGAGACGAGAGCUCGUGCCCUGGAGCACCCGCCAAAGACAGGGAAAUGGGGAACUGCUAAAGGGCAAGGUGCCGUGCCGUCCUCAGGGCUCCGGGAAAAAGGCGAGUUCCAGGGACAGUCGGUGCAUGCGCAGUCCUCCGUACUCCUUUGCACACGGCACCAAGAGCGUCUAGCAAGGCCGCAGGGGGAGACCGCGUGCGAAGAAGCAGAGGCAACUUCCGGUCGCCCGCGCCCCUCUGCGCAGGCGCGGCUCCCGGGCGGGUGGAGCGGUGUGCAGUGGCGGUGUCUCUCAGGCGGAAGGAAGGUGUCAGGUGUGGGCAAAGCUCAGGUUCUCUGUCAGGAGUACGUGUUGGCCCGGCGGGGACGUGUAUGGUGA